CGCGCGCGCACGCGCUCUCGGCCCCGUGGGCCCCGAGGCCGGCAAAGUGGGCAGGGUGGGGGCCGACAAGGGUCAUGGUCGGCUGUGCCCGCAGAUUUUCUCACCUCCGUAAACGGGUCCAUCGCCCCAGCCGUCACGUGUCGACUACGAGACGAUGGAAACGGUGGUUCAAAGUCAGGAAAAGAAAGGAAGGAAAGAAAAGGACAAGACCUAACCAAAAGGCAGUGGCAAGAAGAAUUAAAGAAAAACUUCACUGGCCUGAGCAAGAACUUGCCAAGAAGUCUGUUCUAAAUGCAGAAGAAUCCUUGAUCAUUGACAGCAAAAGAAGCCUUUCGCAUUUGUCCUCUGGAAUUCUAAAGGAUAUUUUCACAACUGGAACCAGUAGCUAUAAUGUCCUACUGCAGAGCAAGGAGGAGAAAAAGCAUCAUUCACAAAAACAGUCAUCCUCCACCUGCUCCAAAAGAUGUAGAAAGCCCAGCAAAUCUCCUAGCUCUUCUCGUAGUAAAGAUCCUCGUAGGAUGAAAACCCCUGUGCCUGUGAUGAGCAGUGGUACUUGGUACUGCCUAGAGAGGCAGCCUGCUGUUUUUGUCACUAGUUCAGUGUCAAGUCCUGUUAAGUUUAUGCAUGAUAUCUCUGUUACAGGGAGCAGCAUAGUACUGCCACCUAAACCAAAAAGCAAAGUCAAGAGGCACUAUUUCUCUACUCUUCCAAAGCCAAAGCAGCAGCCUCAGCUGUCUAGAAGCUUUGAAAAAGGCGAUGAUUUCUCUGGGAAGAAAUUUUGUAUAUUGACUGCUAUAAAGCCCACCAACUUAGAAAAAGAAAAACUCAGAUUCUUCAGGUCUGACUAUACCUACAAUCCUCAAUUUGAAUAUGCUAAUCCUGCUCUACCAAGUGUGUUAGCUAAGCACAGCAAUGCAUCAGACCGAUUCCUUAAGCAGUCCAUCAAUAUCAUGGAACUAACUUUACAGAAAUACGGAAGUUAUGAAAAAUUUGAACAAGCCACUGGUGGUAGCUUGCUCUCCAAAACUCGCAUCUGGAGUCAUGUCAGGAAGUACAUGAUGAAGGAAGGCUGCUUGGGAGAGAUUGUGGUUCAUCUCACUGAGGAUCUGCUUUCCCGAGCUUCAAUGACAGUAGUGAAUGGAUGUCCAACUCUAACCAUCAAUGUUUCCACUGCACGUGAGCACUGGCUGGAGGGAAUGCUGAGGCAUGAAAUAGGCACACAUUAUUUUCGAGGUAUUAACAAUCUCCAGCAACCAUGGAAUAGUUGGACUGGCCGUAAGAAACAUGAGCUAAAGCCCAACAAUCCCACAGAGGAAGGACUGGCAAGUAUUCACAGCGUCCUGUUCAGAAAAGACCCCUUUUUAUGGAGGGCUGCCCUCCUCUACUACACUGUGUAUCGAGCCAGCCAGAUGUCCUUCUGUGAACUCUUCAAAGAUAUUGGCAAGUUUGUCAAGGACCCCAAUACAAGAUGGGAUUACUGUGUACGAGCCAAGAGAGGAUGGACUGAUACUUCCCAACCAGGGUGUUUCAGUAAAGACCAGGUGUACUUGGAUGGAAUCCUUCAGAUCCUCCGAUACAGAGAGAGCAUCGACUUUCAUCUGCUCACUGCCCUGGGGAAGGUUUCUUAUGAAGAUGUGGAUCGCUUAAAAGGAUUGGCAGUUACUGAAAACCUGCGGGUCCCUCACUUCCUGCAGGACCACAGCCGGUAUAUGGAACACUUAGAGAAGAUCAUGGAAGUGAAUGAACUGACAGACAGGGAACUGAAAGAUCUUAUAUAGUAAUUAGCAUCCUUGCACACAUAGCAAAACUAUACCUCCAUGUAUAUUACCAGUUAGGUGCAGUUCGCACCAGAUUUAUAAAAGAACGACUGUUUGGGUUUUCUAAAGAAUGGCUUUCAGUAUUCAGUUGAAUUUUUAGAUUAAGUACAAACCUUAAACUAUUUCCAUAAAAUGUUUCUGUGGGCUCCUGGGGAAGUUAGUCCUAUUUUCAUCUGCAUCUCAACAGAGGCAAGUAAAAAUACUGCUGCUGAGUGUUUUUGCAGACUCUUGGUUGAACUGAGUGAUAAACUUCUGCCUGGGCACUGAGCCCAGCUCUGGCUGAAGACAGGUUGAAUUCCAAGCAGUGUCGUGCGUACUCCAAGGUUAUACUUUAUUUGAUAAAUGUUGGUAAUUACUCUCCUUUGAAAAAUUGGCACUCCUCAAAGCUAGCUAUAGCUAACAUUUCUUAUUUCUCUUCUCCAUUAAGUAAUGUUAAAGGGAGGGAAAGAGCAAUUUGAAGAGUUUUCAUUAAAUCUUUUAUUGUUCACAUUAUUGUUUUUGCCUUCUCAGCUCAUGUAGGAACUAAAUUAGAGAAUUAUUUCUUUCUGUUAUCAUUUAACCUAACUUUUCAUUUGCUGAAGCAUAUUAUACCCCCUUUUAGUUUUUAAUGAAAUUUUAAGGUCUUUCCUUUUGUAUCUUUUAUAUAAAUGAUAAGAAUAAAAGUUCCAGGAAAGUUUGUGUACACAAAUCAGAAUAGUUAGGGAAGGGGAAGCUACUCGCCUUUUCCUUAAAUGUAGCAUGUAACAAGCAGGGGUCAAGGAGACCAGACUCCCCAGUGCAGACACUGGAUGUUGAUGGGUGGCACCUACAGUGGACUUGACCAUGUUCUGAAAAGUACCGUUUCUGCUCAUUGCCAUUUGAGAAGCCAGCCUUGUGAUGCUGGUGCAGUGUACUUUGUCAAAAUCUGUGAUUUCAUCAACCCAUAGCUUAUACACCUAGCUUUGUAAUUUAUCUGUUUCGGUAUAUACUUGGAGAUAUAUAUUUAUAUACACACACAUACACACAUUCAGGAUCAAAUGGUUGUUCAUGCAACUAACUUUAAUGCCUAGAAAUAAUGCUGAUAUAGACACCCAUUCAGGAUUAUUACUGUAAUUCCCCCCAAAAGCUGUCUGAGAGUGUAUCUUUACCCGCUUCGGGCUACACUAUGGUGCUAAUACUUGUGGAUGUGUACUACAGAGCCUGGUCCACAUCCAUGCUACAAAGUAACCUUAGGAAAUAUUUUUCAGGUGGGGUUGUAUGAUGUUUUUCUUUCACAUAUCUACAAGGGCUUGCUUUAAGAAGAAUGUCACAGCAAAAAGGUUAUGCGCUAGCUGGUGUCUGUGCGUUCUUGCAAAGCCAUGCAUCUCGCCUGUGGCAGUAGAGGGCCAGGCCCUUUGGAGCACAGAAAGCUCCCUACGUGUGCCACGCUGCCUAGCUUGUGUGCUGCACAUAUUUGCCAGUUCAGGGCAGAGUGUGUCGACACAAACCAGACACCAGAAACCUACUCUUGGUACCUGAAGCAUGUACCUCCUCGUUGCAGACUUUCAGCUCUGUAUAAUGUUUUUCGACUUGAUCUUGAAACUUGUUGAGGGUGACUGGGAAAGCAAUGUCUUGGAAAUACAGACAGAAAUGGCGGUACUCAUGUCCUGGGUUUUAAGUCCCAAUGCUUAUAAAUUCAAUAUUUGCAGUCAGUAACACUGCUAAUCUUAUGUUAUGGUUUAAAUGUAUAGGAACAUCACAGCAGCCUUAAUUUCCUCUUGGUAGGACUAUUUGCAGUGGUUCUAGUCCGUGGAAUUUAAAAUGGGCAAAUAUUCUAUCUCUGUCUAGUUUGGAAAAGGAACCACUUUCUUGCCUUACUGCUUUGGUAUAAAAAUGAAAAAGAAGAGAACUCUGCAGAAAAAAAUGACUUUAAAUCAUAUUGAUUGUCUUAAGGUAUUUUAAAAGUUAGCAGUGAACCAAAAGUAGUUUCAGAUGAGCAGAAAUACUCUCAGCUUUAAAUGUUUGAAGAUUUAAUGAAUUUUAUUAAUUCUGUUUCCUCAAAUAGCAGUAAGGUCAGUUUUGUUUCCUAAAAUAAAAGUUUUAGUAAACAUAAAACGAUAGCAACUGUACUUAGGAGAAUAAAUGGAAAACAAUCUUAACUUUAAUUAUAGUGGUUAUUUGCUAUAGGCUGUUCAUCAGUUUUGUUCAUUAUAAUCUAACAUAUAGUUGAAUCAAAUACAAAUUCUAGUAAAUUGUUAGGUUUUAACACCAGACAAUGUUCAAAGUUAAUGUUUGCAAACAUAAAUCCGUAGUCUGCAUUUCUUUAUAGUUGCACUUUUGUAAAAGUAUUAAAAAUGUAUUGUUUGUUUUGUGUGUUUUUGGGCAUUUAGUGUCUCGCUAUAAUAAAAGGAAAUAGCACUGAGAUUCUCAAA